AAAUUAUAGCAGGCGUCAUGAUAGUGUGUGCUAACAACAGCCAGCUAAGCUAGUUAUACAGAAACGGGAAGAACGGGACAAAACAAAUAGAAAGAUAGAAAAACGAAUAGAGAGAAAGAUAAAGGAAUAUCUCUCUCUCUCUCUCUCUCUCUCUGUGUGUAUAACAUUUAUAGAGGAGGCGAAAAGAGGGGGUUUCCGCCAUGAUUGUGUGUUUGUAGGACUGGCGAUGAAACCGAGUAGCUAUGGCCAUGUCUCUGAGUGCAGACGAUGAAGAUUACGACUCGGACACAGCAGAACAGCAAAGGCCAGUCAACAGGCCCAAACCUAAGAUGGCGUCCACACCCACAGCGUCCACACCCACCACGUCUACCUCAUCAUCGUCCACAGGUGGUGUGGUGAAGUUACCAUCAAAUCGGAGCUCGUCAGGGGCGAGGCGCAGACGGACACGCUGCAGGAAGUGUGAGGCGUGUGUGAGGAGUGAGUGUGGGGAGUGUCACUUCUGUAAGGACAUGAAGAAGUUUGGGGGACCAGGACGCAUGAAACAGUCCUGCAUCAUGAGGCAGUGUAUUGCUCCUGUUCUGCCACACACAGCGGUGUGUGUAGUGUGUGGAGAAGCCGGUAAAGAGGACACACUGGACGAUGAGGAGGAGAAAUUUAAUGCCAUGUUAAUGGAGUGUUCCAUCUGCAAUGAGAUCGUGCACCCUAACUGUCUAAAGGUGAAGGACGCAGCAGGGGUAGUGAACGAUGAGCUCCCUAACUGCUGGGAGUGUCCCAAAUGUAACUACGCAGGGAAGACGGGGAAAGCCUGCAAGCAAAAACGAGGCCCAGGAUUUAAGUACGCGUCCAACCUGCCGGGCUCGCUGCUGAGGGAGCAGAAGUCCACACGGGACGGCAAGGAAGAGGGCGAGCGGAGGAGGGCCGAGAGGGACGACACUCCCAGGAUGUCCUGUGAGGAGACGCCUACACUGCUGAUGCCCAGAGAUGUGCCCCGGCCCCGACCAGACAUGCCCAACUUCCUCAGGAAGAAGAAGAAACUGUUUGAUGAUGACGACGAGGAAGAGGAUGCUAGUGCAAAGAAGAAGCCGAAGAAGCCGUGGAAGCCGGAGGAGUCGUUACUGCCUAAGAUGUCUUCCAUGAAGAUGGAGGAAGAGGAGCAGUCAGAAGAAGAUGAGGAGAAAGAGGAGGAGAACAAACAGCCAUCACGCAGCACAAACAGGAAAGAGUUUGUGUCCGUGCGCAAACAGGAAGAGGAACGAGACGAAGACGAGGACGACACACACAAGUUUGUAAAGGAGGAGGAUGAGGAGGACGAAGGCAAUGAGUUUCAGGAACGAGCCCAGAGAGCUCAGCGGGCUAAACGAGCACAGCGCAGGAGGACGGGACGGAACGAUCACGCGCUCGCUAACGAGAACCUGCAGCCUGAUGAAAGUGAGAACGACGAGAACGACAAGAAGAACUUCCGUAACGGGGAGAAUGGAGAGAGAGCGCACCUGAGGGCACGUGAGAUGAACGGUGCAUCAUGGGACUUGCGGCAUUUUUACCCGUCUCAGAUCGUACCAUUGGGUCUGAACCGUAUCCCUCCACCCAUACGGCCCCCGCCCCCCCGCUCACCCCCUAAAUGUGUUCAGAUGGAGCGUCACGUGAUCCGCCCUCCCCCCAUAUGCCCUCCUCCUGAUAGGCUGCCACUGUCUGAUGGCCGGAGCCACGUGAUGCAGCGAGAAGCCUGGUUGGCUAUUUUCAGUCACCUGAGUCACCGUGAGCUGUGUGUGUGUAUGCGAGUGUGUCGCACAUGGAACCGCUGGUGCUGCGAUAAGCAUCUGUGGACAAAGAUCAAUGUGAGCCGCUGUAAGUCCAUUACACCUCUGAUGCUGAGUGGAAUAAUCCGGAGACAGCCGAUCAUGCUGGACCUCAGCUGGACCAACAUCUCCAAGAAGCAGCUGAGCUGGCUCAUCAACAGACUGCCUGGUCUGCGUGUGCUGGUAUUGUCCGGUUGUUCCUGGGCAGCCGUCUCUGCUCUCUGUACAUCCAGUUGUCCCCUCCUGCGCUCUCUGGACCUGCAGUGGGUGGAGGGACUGAGAGACACACAGAUUAAAGACCUGCUAUCUCCACCUACAGACAACAGGCCAGGUCAGAUGGACACUCGCAGUAAGCUGCGGAACGUUCUGGACCUGCGUCUCUCUGGGUUGGACAUCACAGAUGUGUCUCUGCGUCUCAUCAUUAAAAACAUGCCACUGUUAAAACAUCUGGAUCUGAGUUACUGUAACCAUGUCAACGACCAGAGCGUCAACCUGCUGACCGCCGCCGGGACCACCACACGUGACUCUCUCACUGACAUCAACCUGUCAGUGUGUAACAGGAUAACGGAUCAGUCCCUGAGCUACUUUAAGCGUUGUGCGAGUGUUUGCCGUAUCGACCUGCGCUUCUGUAAGCAGGUGAGCAGGCAGGCGUGCGAGCGAUUCAUCGCCGAGAUGUCGGUCAGCGUCUCAUUUGGACUGAAAGAGGACAAACUGUUGCAGAAGCUCAGCUAACACACACACACACACACACACACACACACACUCUGAGGAGGUGAACAUGCUGACAGGACAUUACAGCAUGUUUUGUACAAUAAAAUAUGUAUUUAAAAUAAAGCUGCAGGAGUUGGAGGUCACACACAGUCAUCAUGUAGCUGCUCAUUGUGUGUUAUUUUGUUUAAUAUUGUUCUGUGGGUUUUUUAAUCUCUAUAUAAUGGAACUUUUAUAUAUUUGUUGUCUUAGUGUAGACAUGUUCCGCUUCCACGUCGUCAUGACAACAGUAAAAAUAUGUAAUGCUUCAGUCAUCUUACUCAGCGAGGGGGAGGAGCUUAAAGACCACUAGCUUCUCUUUCUGUGGUCUGUAAAUGAUUAACCGCUCAGUUGUAACUAAGCUCCGCCUUCAGAAGGUCGCUUUUCUAAAACAGAACCCUUAACUGAAGUUCUGGCCUCUGGCCAAUGAUGCUGAAGUGUUCACAUCAGUGUCGUCGUGUUCAGUGCAGUUCUCCUGCUCACUGUUCUCACACACACACACACACACACACACAGUUCGUGUUCAUCUCGGCUCUGUGGAAGAACGGACCAUGUGUUUUUUUUAGUGCCAUGAUGUCACAUUUAAUACCUCAUGUUUCUCUUUUAGAAAUUAAAUUAGAUGGAAGCUAAAAAAAAAAGCCUAAUUUAUACAUUUGGAUGAAAUAAUUUGAGUUUCACAUUCUGUUGAUCUUUAAAGGAAACGUCCAGAAUAUUCUGAGAUGGCUUAAAACUGCAGACCCCACACUCCAAGCGUCUGGUUACGGACAUGUUAUUAUUGUUUAAAGUGUCCUGCUGUGUUCACCUCCGUCACUUAACCCAACAUUGGUCACCAACCUAAACACUUCACUGUAAAUUUGCCUAUUUAUAUUUGUAUGCAGUAAUAAUAAAAAAAAGAAAAUGUU